AUGGAUGAACUACUGGAUGAAGAACUUUUUGGUCUUGACCAUUUUUCAGAUAGUGAACUAGAAAUAGAUAACAUGAUAAAUGGGGAAGAAAGUCAUGAAAAUGGUUCACAAUUGACAUCUGAACCUCAAAAAACUGUAUUUCCCUCGAUACCAGGGUUGUUCCUUUAUAAGAAUUUGUUAACUCAAGAGCAACAAAAUAGGCUUGUUGAUGCAAUUAUUAAUGAAGGCUAUUUUGAGAGACCGGAAUCAAAUCAAGCAAUGUGUUUUGGUAUACUUCCAUCUUUUAUUAUGCGAGUUGUUGAUAUUAUUGAAAAUAUACCUUCCAUUUUUCCGGAUGAAAUAAAGAAUAGAAAGCCUUUAUUUGACCAGUCCAUUAUAAAUGUAUACAAAGCUGGAGAUGGUAUUAAUAGUCAUGUUGAUCUUGAUAGAUUCGAGGAUGGAAUAGUUGUCAUAUCACUACUUUCAUCUUGUGCAAUGAAAUUCAGUCCUGCUUCUCUAAUAAACAAAGAACUGGGAUAUUCAGAUACAUCUACAGCUACGGAUCCUAAUGAAGUAAUUUCAGUCAUUCUUCGACCCGGAGAUGUUCUUGCAAUGAAUGGACCUGCUCGUUAUGAUUGGGCACAUGGCAUUGAAGCCACUAAAAUCGAUAUAGUUGGAGACGAGAGAAUUGUUCGAAAA